AUGAAAGUCCGACUCAAUGAGAUCAUGAACUACAUUUUUUUAGGUUGUUUUCUACUGUCGCUGGUAAACCUCUCAGUCACGGCUGAUUUUCAAGUUCAGCAGAAUCCCAGGUUUUACGGUGUAAACGUGGGAAAAUUGGUGGGAUUUACAUGUUCUGCUUCUGAUCUCACCCUUGGUGAGGCAAAGGUGACAUGGUACAAGAUUGAUAAAUAUGACGAGGAGAAAGUGUCCAAUGGUCAAAUGCAUACAGUCAAAAAUGGCAGAUCAGUGCAGCGUUCAGGUAACAUGAAGGGUCACUUAACCAUUAAGAAUGUAGAGGUCCAAGACAGCGGCAUUUACUACUGCAAGAUGAACCAGACUUGGGGACGUGGAACAGAGCUGCAAGUAUUCAGACUGAGCAAACCAAAAGUGGUUGAAGGGAGGAACAACAUGAAAGACAUGAUCAUUUUAUUCCAGGGUUUUCUCCUUAUGUUGUGUGUAAUCAUUCCUUUGGUCUGGUAUUACAGACUGGAGCAAAAAGAGGAAGCCGUAUAUGAAGAGCCUGAGCGUGAUCAUACAUAUGAGGGUUUGGAGAUCGAGCACUGUGGGGACCUCUAUGAAGACCUAACUGCAUUUGCUCAAGAGCCAGACACAGACGCAGCCUGGGAAGUCGAGUCUCCAGAACAAGAGUGAUAAAGUCAUGAUGCAGAAUACAUAUCAUGUAGUAGGCCAUCAGAAUUACAUGAUUGUCUUGGAGAAAGUUUUAUUGUGGAUUGAAAAAUUAGGACUACAUCACACAUUACAUAUACAAUAUAUAAAAAAAUUAAGCAGAGUACACAAGGUAUUUUAUUUUUAUUUACAUCAUGUACCAUGCUGAAUUUUUCCUACAUCCACUCUAUAUAAUAUAAUAUGUAAUAUAUAAUAUACAAUAUAACAAGCCUUGCACUUA